UGGCCCGGUGGAUGCAUGACAAAUGUCAUCUUGUCCGGGAAGUCCUUAAGAGUGAACGGUCGGGGUAGGAAAGAACGGGAUGGAAAGUUUCGAGCGAUUUCCGCAAAAAAGCCAAAAAUUGAUAGAAGAGCCAUCAGCGGCAACAUCGACAAAAACCAAAUCCAGGUACAAAAUCGGUUAUGGGGCGGAUAUGGCGCAGAUGGUAAACUACCGGGUGGAGGAGCAGGGGGUAUUUGGAAGCCCCCCCCUGAGUUCACAGAGUUUCCAACCCUGCCCCCGGACCCACGGAAAAAGUUCACCUAUAGUUGGGCCGACCUAUGUCCGCCAUGGCCCCGUUGCAAUGUUUAUCCAAAGUGUUGCCAGCGAUCGGGUAAUGUUGCGGCCUUGCGUCACCCCCCUGCCUGCAUAAGAAAUAAUAAGGACACUUGUUUCGCUGACGAAUAUGAUGAUGAUGAGUACUUUUAACAGAGCAUAAUAUUCUAUUUCUAUUGAAAUAAAUCGAAAAAACAUAUCUUAAAGCAAA